AUGUCCCACCAAACUGGCAUCAAGGCAAACGCCGAGCUUUUGAAAUUUUUUGGCAAAAGCAAAGAUGGGAAGACUAGAGUGUUGAAAGUUUCUAUCGAGAAUGAGGAGCUUCGACUGGUUAGCCACAGUGACGUCAAACGCGACUGGGAAAAAGAUUACGAUUCAUUGGUAAGACCACUGAUAGAAGAAAGCACACCAUGUUACAUCCUCUAUAGAUUGGACUACAAAAUUCCCACCGGGUACGCAUGGCUACUGAUGAGCUGGGUUCCGGAAUCGGCAACAGUGAGACAGAAAAUGCUUUACGCUUCGACUAAAGCAACGCUGAAGCUCGAAUUCGGUUCAGGUCACAUAAAAGAAGAGCUUAAUGCAACGUCCAAGGAGGAAACGACGCUGCAGGGUUAUCAUAAGCAUAAGGUCGACUUCAGCACACCGGCCCCACUGACCAGUCGCGAGGAAGAACUAGCAGAACUGCGCAAAACAGAGGUAAAGGCAGAUUUCGGUAUAGACACCAAACAACAGACGCUCGGUGGCAUCAACUGCCCAAUUUCGGACGCGGUUGCUCAAGCGCUGCAUGAUAUGCGCCGUGGCGGCUACAACUAUCUGCAGUUUCGUAUCGAUCUCGAGGAAGAGAAGAUACAUUUGGUCAAAGCGGAUAACAUUGAACUGACUAUGCUGCCAAUGCAAAUACCGACCGAUCAUGCACGCUAUCAUCUAUACAUAUUCAAGCACCAUCACGAAGAAAACUAUCUGGAAAGUGUUGUAUUUGUGUACUCGAUGCCCGGCUACAGCUGUUCCAUUCGAGAGCGCAUGAUGUAUUCAAGCUGCAAGGGCCCGUUUUCUGCGACCAUCGAAAAACAUGGCAUACAGGUGGCGAAAAAACUUGAGAUUGACAACGGUGCAGAACUGACGGAAGAAUUUCUCCAUGAGGAGCUUCAUCCGCGCAAGCUUAACCUAAGGCCGCAGUUUUCGAAGCCGAAGGGUCCACCAAGCCGCGGUGCUAAAAGACUGACGAAACCACAGGCCGUCGAGUAA